UCUCCACGCCAACCACUUUAAUUUCUUCACAUGUUCAUCGUCCAAUUUCAUUCUCUAUUUCAAUUUAUUAAUUUUCUAAUCUUCAAAAAGAUCACACACUGCAUGAUUCCUUUCUUUCCAUCGGCGUAAACAGACCAACAAAAAUAAUUAAUUCCUCAUAUUAUAUAUAUAUAUAUAUGUACAAACAUAUAAUGGCGGAUUCAUCUGUGUCCGUUCAUCCUAGCCCACAAAAAUGCGGUCGCCGGAAAACAGGAUUCCGAUCAGAGCGACGCCGGAGAUGAUGAAGCGGCACCACUCGGCACACUACUACGCCCACCGCGUGAAGGAGAGUCUGACGACCAGAGUCUCGAAGCUCGUCUGCACCAUCUUCCUCGGCCUCCUCUUCCUCGUCGGAAUCAUCACCUUCAUCCUCUGGCUCAGCCUCCGCCCCCACCGCCCCCGCUUCCACGUCCAGCAAUUCUCCAUCCCCGCCCUCGCCGCCGCCGCCGAGGGCUUCGAGAACGCCCAGAUUAUCUACAACGCCACCGUCCGCAACUCCAAUCAGAACAUCGGGAUUUACUACGACUCCUCCGCCAUCACCGUCUUCUACGAGGAUCAGAGCAUCGGCGGCGCGCCGGUGCUCUUCCCGUUCUACCAGGAGCCGAAAAACACGACGGUUAUCGCCGGAGUGCUGGGCGGCGCGUCGCUGACGGUGACGAAUCAGCGGUGGCAGCAGUUCCUGGCGGCCCGGGCCCGCGGGGAGGUGGUUUUCCGGCUGGAGAUCACGUCGACGAUUCGGUUCAAGAUAUCGUCGUGGGACAGCAAGCGCCACCGGGUCCACGCCAACUGCCCGGUCGGGGUUGGGCCGGACGGUUUGAUACUCCCAGCUUAUAGAGAUAGGAAAUGCCCGGUUUACUUCAGCUAAUUAAUAUUCUUUCUAGUAUUCUUCUACUGCUGUUAUUUUGUAUUUUUAUUGUUAUUUUUUGGAUCAUUUUCUUUUUUAUGUAUUCAAUAUUUCAAUUAUUUGAUUUGAUACUGCUGUAUUACCGAAGAACGAUGUAUCUGCUUCAAUUGAUCCGAACCUUAAUUAAAAUAACUCUAAA